CAUAGAUGACGUAAGCAACGUGCGACUCCACAGGAGCUCCGAGUGGGAGCCGCAUCAGCAGAAAUGUCUUCGUGCCCGGAGCGGAGCCGCAGCGGAGGCGGCGUGGGUCCAGUCAGGUGCCGGUUGCGGCUCGCGGUGCUCCUGCUGUCCGUGGCUUCCCUGCCGGCGGUCACGGCGCUGGUGGAGGGUCUGUACUGCGGGACUGAGGUGUGCUAUGAUGUCCUCGGUGUCACCAGGGAGGCCUCCAAGGCGGAGAUCGCCCGGGCUUACCGGCAGCUGGCCCGCCGGUACCACCCGGACCGCUACAGGCCCGAAGAACCCGGAGAGGAGGAGUUCGCACACAACAAGUUCCUGCUCAUCGCUACCGCCUACGAGACGCUGAAGGACGAGGACUCGAGGCGGGACUACGACUACAUGCUGGACCAUCCGGAGGAGUACUACCAACAUUACUACGCCUACUAUCGCAGAAGGCUCGCUCCCAGGGUGGACGUCAGGAUCGUCAUCCUCGUGACCGUCUGCGCCAUCUCCAUCAUCCAGUACUACAGCUGGUGCAACAGCUACAAUAAAGCCAUCAACUACUUGGUCACCGUCCCCAAGUACCGAAUCCAGGCCACAGAGAUCGCCAAGCAGCAGGGCCUCCUCAACCGCACCAAGGAGAAGGGCAAGAACCGCCGCUCCAAGGAGGAGAUCCGGGAGCAGGAGGAGGAGGUGAUACGUGACAUAAUCAAAAACAAGAUUGACAUCAAAGGAGGCUACCAGAAGCCCAACGUGUCGGACAUCCUGCUGUGUCAGAUCGUGCUCUUCCCCUACUACCUGACCAUCUACGUGGCGUGGUACGCCUCCUGGAUCUACCGCUUCACCAUCUGCAGGGAGGAGUACGGCGACCAGGAGAAGCUCUACAUCAUCAGGAGGUACAUGAAGAUGUCCGAGUCUCAGUUCGACAGCAUGGAGGAGAACGCCAAACAGUCCUUCCUGGAGAAGCGGCUCUGGAUCAGGGACAACUACGAGGUUUACAGGAAGGAGCGAGAAGAGGAGAUGAAGGUGAAAAUGGCGACCGACCCAAAGAUGAAGAGGUACCGCCGUUGGAUGAAGAACGAGGGACCGGGCAGGCUGACGUUUGCUGACGAGUGACGGCCACACACACACACACACACACACACCUGCCUCAGUGCCAAACCCAAACGGACGGCGCUCACCGUGCUGUGAACCAUGCCUGCUUGUUUUCAGCGAUGAGAGAUAUUUUCCUAAGAACCGGGCCUCAGACUGGGACUGACUGAGUGGAAUAAACGGAGGCUUCGGAUAUCUGAGUAUUUGUUUUUAUUUUUCGAAGACAGAAAAUGAGUUUAUAUUUGAGCGUGGGUGAAAGUUUGUGGCUCUGUUGUUUACUCCUGCUGGUAGAAACACGAUGAACCAAGAGUUUCCUCGACUACAAAGUGUCCUUGGAGGUCCGGCAGCUGGCGCUAAACCCGUUCCGCUGAGAGGAAACGCUUCUUUUUCAGCUCCGAAUGAUAAAAAUCUACUAAUGUCCUGACUUGUAAUACUGCUCCGUGCCUCGGGGGGCGAUGGCGAGUCCCUAUUCUGCCUCAUCUGUUGGGAAACUUACAAAAAAGAAAACUGGACUUCUAGUUUCUGGAUGUUGGAGAACAAAGAGGCUAUUUAAUCAUGCCCCGUUCAGGCUGAAGCUAUGCAAUCUGAGUUGAUUUGUUGGGAACGUGGCAGAACGUUCGGAUCUGAAACGGCCGGAAACCAUCAGGUGGAUUAACAACGGCAGCUUGCAGGAAUUCCUGUUUAGCACCAGCAGGUGCAGAAAUGGAACGCAGCCUCGGUGUCCGAGCCAGCUGGGUUCAUCUUUCUGUUUGUUUUCUAGUUUAAACAACGCGUUUGUAAACAAAAAGCUAUUAAAGGGAUAUUUCAACCACC